CCGAGCGGUCACGUGCGCGGUGGGCGGGGUCACGUGGGCGGCGAUGGCGAGCGGUCGGGGUGCGCCGUGGGGCUGCUGUUGCUGCCGCUGCUGUUGCGGGGAGAGAGAGGGCCGCAGUCCGGAGGAACUGACUAUUCUGGGAGAGACACAUGAGGAAGAAGAUGAAAUUUUACCACGAAAAGAUUAUGAGAGUUUGGAUUAUGAUAAGUGCAUCAAUGAGCCAUAUUUGGAGGUGCUGGAAACACUGGAUAACAAGAGAGUCAGGAGAUAUGAGGCGGUGAAAUGGAUAUUGGUAUUUUGUAUUGGAGUCUGCACUGGUUUGGUUGGGCUCUUUAUCGAUUACUUUGUUCAUCUCUUCCAAAAUCUCAAGUUUCAAAUUAUUGGGCGAUCGGUGGAAGAUUGCAGCGAGGGAGGCUGUCUUGUGCUCUCCCUCCUUGAAAUUCUGGCAUUCAAUAUUGGUUUCAUCUUCUUGGCCAGCCUGCUGGUGCUGAUUGAGCCCAUUGCAGCUGGAUCUGGAAUUCCUGAAAUCAAAUGCUACCUAAAUGGGGUGAAGAUUCCUGGGAUUGUCAGGCUGCGGACCCUGGUCUGCAAAGCACUGGGUGUGCUCUUUUGUGUGUCCGGAGGAUUAUUUGUGGGGAAGGAGGGCCCAAUGAUUCACAGUGGAGCUGUGGUGGGAGCAGGACUACCUCAGUUUCAGAGCAUCACUUUCCGCAAGAUCCAGUUCAACUUCCCUUAUUUCCGCAGUGACAGGGACAAGCGAGACUUUGUCUCGGCAGGGACAGCAGCAGGAGUUGCUGCAGCCUUUGGGGCUCCGAUUGGAGGGACACUCUUCAGUCUGGAGGAAGGAUCCUCUUUCUGGAACCAGGCACUAACCUGGAAAGUGCUCUUCUGUUCAAUGUCUGCCACCUUCACGCUGAAUCUGUUCCGCUCAGGUAUCCGCUACGGGAGCUGGGGCUCCUUCCAAUUGCCAGGGCUGCUUAACUUUGGUGAAUUCAAGUGUGCAGAUGGAGACAAGAAGUGCCAUCUGUGGACGGCGGUGGAUCUAGCAUUCUUCAUUAUCAUGGGCUUGAUCGGUGGACUUCUGGGAGCAUUGUUUAACUGUUUGAAUAGAAGGUUGGCAAAGUACCGCAUGCGAAAUGUACACCCAAAGGCUAAGUUUGUCCGGGUCCUGGAGAGUCUGUUAGUUGCUAUGGUUACAACGAUGGUCAUUUUUAUAGCCUCUGUGACUUUGGGAGAGUGUAGGGAGAUCCCUUCGCACACACACAGCAACAAUGUAACACAGCAGCCAGCUGGGGAGGAUGUGAAUUCGAGCAUCAAAACCUUUUUCUGUCUCAAUAAUACCUAUAAUGACAUGGCUACUUUGUUCUUCAACCCACAAGAGACUGCCAUACUCCAACUAUUCCACCAAGAUGGAACCUUCAGCCCUGUCACUCUGAGCAUUUUCUUUGUUCUUUACUUUAUUCUGGCCUGUUGGACAUAUGGUUUAUCUGUCCCCAGUGGACUCUUUGUGCCCUCGCUGCUGUGCGGUGCUGCCUAUGGUCGACUUGUGGCAAAUAUUCUGAAAACGUACAUCGGGAUGUCUCACAUCUAUUCUGGAACUUUUGCUUUAGUGGGAGCUGCUGCAUUCCUUGGGGGUGUGGUUCGUAUGACCAUCAGUCUCACCGUCAUUCUCAUUGAAUCAACCAAUGAAAUCACAUAUGGAUUGCCCAUCAUGGUCACAUUGAUGGUGGCAAAGUGGACUGGAGAUUUCUUCAAUAAAGGAAUUUACGACUUGCAUGUGGCACUUCGGGGUGUCCCAUUGCUUGAAUGGGAGACUGAGGCUGAAAUGGAUAAGUUGACAGCCAGUGAUAUCAUGGAACCAAAUCUAACCUACGUCUAUCCCCAUACCCGGAUCCAAUCAUUAGUCAGUAUUUUGCGCACCACAGCACAUCAUGCAUACCCUGUCGUCACGGAAAAUAGAGGGAAUGAGAAGGAAUUCAUGAAGGGAAACAUCCUCAUCAGCAACAAUAUUAGGUUUAAGGUAAACUUCCAUUGGUAUGAUGUCAAGUGUUUAAUUUGCAUAUGCACUGGGAGGCAAAGAAUGAAAUUCUUACUUGCUGAAACUUUACAGGUUGUUGCAUUGAACAUUCCAUUCUCUGAGGUAGAAUCCAGCCUUAUUGGCCUUCCAAGAACGGUGUGUGAGGUUCACGGUGUUCAUCAUUACAAAGAGGACAUUUUACAACAGAUGCUGGAGCGUAGACACGUCCCGUAUCCAAAUCUCUACCCUGACCAGUCUCCGAGUGAGGACUGGACAAUGGAGGAGCGCUUUCGACCGUUAACUUUUCAUGGCAUUAUUCGGAGAUCGCAGCUGGUUACCUUACUCGUACGUGGGGUUUGCUACUUAGAGACCCAUUCAAGUUCAACGCAACCACGGCUAUCGUACUCUGAAAUGACCGAAGAUUAUCCACGAUAUCCUGAUGUUCAUGACCUUGAUCUGACUCUCCUCAAUCCUCGCAUGAUUGUGGAUAUCACACCAUACAUGAAUCCUUGUCCAUAUACAGUCUCGCCAAGCACACACGUGUCUCAGGUCUUCAACCUGUUUCGUACCAUGGGACUGAGGCACCUACCGGUGGUCAAUGCAGUAGGAGAGAUUGUUGGAAUCAUCACAAGACAUAAUUUGAGCCACGAUUUUCUAUUGAUGAAACUGCGACACCACAACAUGACAAUCUGAUUCUCGCCCUCAUGGUGCAACAUUCCCGACGCCUCUGCCACGCAUUGCAAAGGCAAUGAUUUUCGAGGCCAUCUGAAAAGGCAGGACAUUCUUUGGCAUCAGUCCUCUCACCCAUCUGUUCAUGAACAAUUGCUGAAGGGUGUAUGUCCCCAGUCGUUAGCCUAUAUAGUUUGCAGCAUUGCUUAUCUGUUCAGUCCAUGGCUCGUUCGCUCGCUCGUGUGUCAGGCGAUGUAGCUCGCUGUUGGCUUCUGUCGUCGUCCAACAUGUUGACAGAAUUGUUGCCCGACGCGUCACAGAGCGCAUCGCGUCGUCGCUUCCAGGGAUCGCAACGAGGAGGAUUCUGUCAUGAUCACUAAAUGUUUCCGUGGCUGAAUGUUAUUAAUUGUGGAGCUAGUUUGUUCUCAAGUGAGGCAGGCAGCAGUGAAAGGGAAUGAUUUAUUCUGAGGUAAAUUACUACAGUUUGGACCUCCCUCAGGCCUGAGAAUUUUGUCACAAAGGCAGUCGAUUGAACACUAUGUGGUAUUUGGGAGAUGGUUGACGCUGCAUUUUCUCGUAUCAAAAGGACGUCUCAAAACAUGAAGCACCAACUAUACAGUAAAUGGAGUAAUUUACUAAUGGAAACACAAGGAACUGCAGAAUCUGGAAUAAUGUGCAAAGUGCUGGAGGAUCUCUGGGUCAGGCAGCAUCUGUGGAGAGAAUGGACAGGCAACAUUUUGGGUCAGGAGCCUUCUUUAGACUGCGGUCUCCAGUCUGAAGAAGGGCCACGACCCGAAACAUUGCCUGGACAUCCCCUCCACAGAUGCUGCCUGGCCCACUGAGUCACUCCAGCAAUUUGAGUUUUGCACAAUUUGCUAAUGGAAUUAUUGAGAAAUAGAUUGAUAUUUCCGUCAGUUUGUUUUUAACACUAAAUUUGUGAAUUAACUGAAUAAUGUACUUCAGAUAAAUUUGUCGCUUGGCACAGACUCGGGGGUUCGGUUUAUUAAAAAACGCAGACAGUAAAUUCUCGUAAUACAGUUUCCAGUUAAAUGGAGCGAGAGUUGACCAUGUACAAAGCGGAUGUCUUAUUGAUAUUUACCUUAGGACUGUCCUUAUGCUAAAAUUCUCCGGGGUUCUCCAUGCCCUUGUGAGAAUCACUCACAAGGGCGACAACACCAGCGAAAGCACGGGCAUUAAUGAAGAUAUUCUCUGACCCAAGGUUCAAACCUGAGCCAUCUGUAUCCCAAGAGCAUAAUAUAAUGUCAUAACAAUAUUGAAUAACAUAGAGGAAAGUGGGUCACCCUGCUUCACCCUAAAUAAGAAUGCUCCCAGUCCUAAUUUUUGCAUGUUCAAUAAAAGUAUCCAUGUUCAUAUCAACCCCCAUCCUGCCAAGAGUUUUAACACCAUUGAGAUCAAUAAAAACCAUGGCUGGAUUUUUGUGAUUCUUCGUGGCCCCUGUUAUUAAGGGAUUUUAAUUGGCAAUAUUUUGAUUACAACUAGGGGCGCUGUGACAAAUCUGUUCUGACUAAUAUGUUCUGACGAGGGUGAGUGAAUUAGCUAGUGAUUUGGCUCAGAUUUUAGGAAAAUCUCUCCACGCAUGUUUCAUUUGAGCAGCUGAGAGGUGGAACUGCACAGGAAUUUUAAAAGGCAGCAGUCAGCAUCCUGGGGUGACUGCUCCUAGUGGUGUAUAAAAGGAAGGCAGGUACUCGCAGAGUGGCCAUAUUGUGAGAGGCUGUUGAGGUGCAAUGAUUUGUUGAAGGUAUUGACUUGUGAGGCUUCUGUGAGGAGGUUGAGGAGAGGCUGUCGGCAAGACAGGGCAGUGUUUUCUUUUGUGUAACUCUUCCUUGUUAGUGCAGUAGAGAUGACAUUUAGGGCACUUGAAUGCUCCUCCUGCAGGAUGUUGGAAGUCAGGGAUACUUAUAGUAUCUCUGAGGACCACACUUUGGGAUCUGACUGCAGGAAGUGGAGCUGUUACUGGUCAACCUCACUAUUAUCUAGGAGAAUUAGAACAUAUUUGGUAGGUUUUAUGAUGAGGUGGUCAUGUAUUGGGUACAGACAGCAAGUGGAUGGUAAAAGGAGUAGGCAGCAACUACUGUGCAAAUUUGACACAGUAGCAAAAGAUAUGAAAUAGAUAGAUUGAAUAUUGAGCAAAGGAUUAAAAGAGACUCGAGUGCAGUGAUUUCCAGAUUACUCCCAGUGUCACGUGCUAUUAAGGGUAGGACUAGAAAGAUAGGUGAUGAACUCGGUGUGGCUGGGACGUUAGAGCCAUUACUGAGAUCUGACUAAAGGAGUGACAGGUUGCAGAUGAUACUAAAGUAGAUGAAAUCUUAGACAGUGAUAGUGGGGAUCAAGAGUGUUGAUCAGCUGUGCAAGUGGGUUAAGGAAUGGCAAAAGGAGUUUAUUUCAGGUAAGUGUGAGGUGUUGCAUUUUAGGAAAUCAAACCUAGGCCCUUCCUUCACAGUGAACAGUAGCGCUCUGGGGAUUGUUGCAGUGCUGAGCUAUCCAGGCGUACAAGUACAUAGUUCCCUGAAAGUGGCAUCACAGGUAGAUAGGGUGGUGACAAACGGGGUACUGAUUGUGGAUGAUCAGCCAUGAUCACAUUGAAUGCUGGCUCGAAGGACCGAAUGGCCUACUCCUGCACCUAUUGUCUAUUGUUUAUUGUCUAUUGACAAAGAUUGGCCUUCAUCAGUUAGGUUAGUGAGGAUAGAAGUUGUUUUAGUUGUACAAUGUGUCGGUGAGGCUGCACAUGGAGUAUUGUGUUUAGUUUUGGCACCCCUGCUUUAGAAAAUAAAUAAUUAUGCUGGAAAGAGUGCAGAAACAAAUUGUGAGGAUGUUGCCAGGACUAGGGAGACGUAGUGCAGGCUAGGAGUUUAUUUCUUGGAGCUCAAGAGGCUUAAGGGGUGAUCUUAUCAUGAGGGGAACACACUGGGUGAAUGCACAAUUUUUCCCCUGAGAGUUGUGGAAAUCAAAAACAUAAGGCUUAGGUUUAAAGUGAGUGGGAAAUAUUUACUAAGAACCUGAGGGGCAAUAUUUUUCAUGCAGAGUGGGUAGAUAUAUGGAAUGAGCUGCAAGAGGAAACAGUUGGGACAGAUACCAUAACAUUUAAAAUACAUUUAGACAGAUACAUGGAUUGGAAAGGUUUAGAGGGAAAUGAUCCAAACGUGGUGAAUGGAACAAGCUUAGAUGGGGCAUCUUGGUUGGCUUGGACGUGUUUGGCCAAAGGGCCUCAUGAUUUUAAUAUAUGAAAAUUGUGGUUAGAGAAAUUUCUGUUGUUAGUUACCAUGACAGAUUGGUCUGAAGCUUGCCAUCAUGCAGUUACUGUAAUUUCCAUGGUAAAGCAGUUGGUGGAGCUGGACAUCAAGUUAUAACGAUAGAUGCAAAUAAAGUAUUGCAUUUUAGCACUACAUUAGAAUUUAUUUAUUUAUUUUUUUGGUUAUAGUUGCAAUUAUAACGGAAUUCUCCCUUGCCGUGAAGGAGAAGAGGGGCUAAGGUGAUGGAAGAUAAAUUAACUGUUAAUGUGCAAAAGAAUACACUAAAAUUGCUGGGAAUAAGUGAGAAAAGGGAGCUGCUGGUUGAUGUUUUGUGUGAAGGAAGCUAGUGAUUCAACCAUCUCUGCCACUCUGUCUUGGCUGGUGUUACUGUUUGAGCUGAGCCUCCACCACCACCUCUAUUAGUUUAAGGGAAGUGAGGUUUGGGAGAGUAUCGAGGCAGGGUUAUUCUUCUGUUUUAUACAACUGAAAGACAAUGCCAAUUGAAAAAUUAAAUGGACCAAUGAAAGGUUAAACCACGCAAAGGAAACCUCUGAGCUGCUGGAUCAUAAAAUGAAAGGGAAAAUUUGAGAUGCCCUUUUAAAUUCAAUUCCCUUUUAAAUUCUGUUUUUUUUAAUAGGGUUUUUUGUCUUCGAUUAUAGAAUUUUAAAAGUAAUUUGGGACAUUAUGUGUUUUUAUUAGAAGUCUUAAGUUUUAUUUUCAGUAUGUUCAUUGCACUUAAUCUGCCAUGACUGUCACCUAACAUCAUUUUGAUACAAGUUUAUUGUGCAGUCCUUGUGGGAUCUGUACCCUGUGUAAAAAUAGCCAUUGGUACCAACAGUAUUUACAUUUUCAUGUUUCAGAUAUACUUAUGGUGUGUGAGCUUUGGGCCAUCUGCAAUGAUCAAAAGCAAAAUAUCAUUACAUUAAUAAUGGGUCCAGAUGAUUACUGCUGCUUAUUACAAAGCAGUUCUGUUUUUUGAUAUGGGACAAUGUAGAAUUCCUGGGAACCUGGGUUGUUAUUUGGGUGAAUCCCAGCCUGGUUUCUGAGCCAGAGAAUAACUUUAUAUUUUAACACGGUUUUGUGAUGCUUAAAUUAGGCUGGAUCUACUUUCUAUAGAUUUGUCUUGUCAGCACCUAGUUGCAACAGCCCUCCACAAAAUCCACCCUAAUUCUCGCAGACACCCAAAGUUGCAACAUAACUUUGGAUUGUCUAAUUGUUGCCCCCCAUUUAUGGCAUCACCUAUCCUUCAUCCAUUCACUUACCAUGUAGCACUGGAAUCAAAUGCGUCUUAAGGAUAAGGGGGAAAUCCUUUAAAACCGAGAUGAGAAGAACUUUUUUCACACAGAGAGUGGUGAAUCUCUGGAACUCUCUGCCACAGAGGGUAGUUGAGGCCAGUUCAUUGGCUAUAUUUAAGAGGGAGUUAGAUGUGGCCCUUGUGGCUAAGGGGAUCAGGGGGUAUGGAGAGCAGGCAGGUACGGGAUACUGAGUUGGAUGAUCAGCCAUGAUCAUAUUGAAUGGCGGUGCAGGCUCGAAGGGCCGAAUGGCCUACUCCUGCACCUAAUUUCUAUGUUUCUAUGAUUCAUGCCAGGUUCCAGUAAUUCAUUAACAUUUGCAACGGCUGAAAACGGUUCCUGAAUCUUCAGGCUUGCAGCAUUUCAAAGAAUGCAAAAAAUGACUUCCUGGUGAGUAAGUCAGCCAUAGGUUCCAGUUUCUACCUAUGUUACAAUUGUCUGUAAAGCCUUGAAUACUCAGAAUGAUGGAUAUUAAGUUGCUGCCACCAGAAUAUUAUAUUGUUGUGUUUGCACUCAUUAUUUUAUGCAUUCAUUGUUUCACAUCAGAAAGCUUCUGAAGCUAAAUGUAAUUCUCAUUAUUUUUUUUAUUCCAUGUUUUUAAAUGUUCUGUUCGUAUCUUUUAUUUUUAAGAUUAGGUGACAGUAAAAUAAAACAUUCCCAUUUGUGGUG